AUGGAAUUUUAUUUUAUUUUCUCUACCUCUUUCUCUCUUUUUAUCUAUCUAUUUAAUCUUUGCAUUUCUUUCUUUCUUUCUUUCUUUCUUUCUUUCUUUCUUUCUUUCUUUCUAUCUAUACUUCGCAUUUCCAUCUAUCUAUCUAUCUAUCUAUCUAUCUAUCUAUCUAUCUAUCUAAUCUUUGCUUUUUAUCUAUCUAAUCAUCGCAUUUUCAUCUAUCUAUCCAUCUAUCUAUCUAUCUAUUCUUUAGAUUUCUAUCUAUCUUUUUAUUUCCAUCUAUCUAUUCUUUACAUUUCCAUCUAUCUAUCUAUCUAUCUAUCUAUCUAUCUAUCUAUCUAUCUAUUCUUUAGAUUUCUAUCUAUCUUUCUAUCUAUCUAUCUAUCUAUCUAUCUAUCUAUCUAUCUAUCUAUUCUUACAUUUUCAAAUAUCUAUCUAUUCUUUACAUUUUCAUCUAUCUAUCUAUCUAUCUAUCUAUCUAUCUAUCUAUCUAUCUAUUCUUUAAAUUUCUAUCUAUCUUUUUAUUUCCAUCUAUCUAUUCUUUACAUUUCCAUCUAUCUAUCUAUCUAUCUAUCUAUCUAUCUAUCUAUCUAUCUAUCUAUCUAUCUAUUCUUUACAUUUCCAUCUAUCUAUCUAUCUAUCUAUCUAUCUAUCUAUCUAUCUAUCUAUCUGUAA